CAUAUAUGCAUUUUGCACGAUUUCGUGUGUGAGUGAGUGAAUGGACUAGUCGGACUAGAAUUUUACAGUACUUUCUACCGACAUCCUAGUGGAAUACCGAUGGUGGCCCAAGGUAAAGGCCUCGCGUUUGGGACCCUUUUAUAAAAUUCCGCUCAGCGGGUGGCUGCCUGCUCAAUUGUAGUCCUAGUUUCGCCGUGGGAUUAGCAACAACACCGUUGCUACCGUGUAGUGUGUGCCCAGGUGCCAGAAAGUGCUCACCGAGUUCCGCUUAACGCAGAAAACACAGAAACAAAAAAAAAUAAAAGAACCGCGACAGCCCUCCCGCCAAGUGAAAUAGUAGCCAUGGAUGAUCUUGACAAGCAACAGUUGGAACUGCUGAGAAACGCCUUCAACGCGUUCGAUCAGGAGAAGAAGGGAUGCAUCGGAACGCAGAUGGUCGGCACCAUCCUGAGCAUGCUGGGUCACCAGCUGGAUGAUAAACUGCUCAAGGAGAUUAUCGAUGAAGUCGAUGCCGACGGUUCCGGCGAGCUGGAGUUCGAAGAAUUCGUCACGUUGGCAGCCCGGUUCCUGGUUGAGGAGGAUGCCGAAGCGAUGCAACAGGAGCUGAAGGAAGCUUUCCGUCUCUACGACAAGGAAGGAAACGGCUACAUCACCACCCAGGUUCUGCGUGAGAUCCUGAAGGAACUGGACGACAAUCUGACCAACGAAGAUUUGGACAUGAUGAUUGAGGAAAUUGAUUCUGACGGUUCGGGAACCGUUGAUUUCGAUGAAUUCAUGGAAGUCAUGACCGGCGGAGAUGACUAAGCACGCACCUUACUUCACUAGCUUAAUUAUUAUCUAAUUUUUAAAAACCUUCCACUCUACCUUUGUUAAUAAAUAGCCAAAAUCUUCUACCAUGCUCUAAGUUUCUGUUAAAACAUAGUGGCACGUGCAGAAAUAAAUCCUAGAGCUAGACAGGAACGGGCGAAAGCAAACUUUUUUUAUUUGCUACACCGUCGCAGAAAUAAAAUAAACGUAUCCUUGUGGGUAGGUGUAACAAAGUUCCGAGUUUAAGUAUUACACACCAAAACAACAACAACAACAACAACCAAAAAGAAGCUAUAUGCCCACCAACCGGUGCUUUAUCGAGUCGUAAAAUCUAGUACUGAAACUCGUGUUCCUGAGCGAAAACUACAUCACAAUCGUGCGCACUAUAAUGGCGGACCACCCGCCAGGCCGCCUCCAAUCACGAGCAUAAGCAACAUUGUUUUCAACUUGCUGGCAGAACAGCAAUUGUAUUGUACAAAAUAAAAUCAAUUUGUACUAAACGUGA